AUGGCUGCCGGUUCAAAAAAUCCGUCAGCCACUGGGCAUGAGGCCAAACACGAAGCAAAGGAGACGGACACGGACCCAGAAGCCGUUGAGCUCCCUCGACGGUGUACCCUAGGUGAUACCGUAUCCCAGGAUCGAACGACAGCGCCGCCACUCACUCGUAAAAAAAGCAAUUACGUGGAAGCCAAGGACACAGCACAGACAAACGGCUUCCUCAAUGCAUGGUUGAAGGACCCCUCGAACGACAUUCCGUACAGUAUAUCAACUACUAACCCUAGUGGAAGAAGACGAUCGAACGGGUCACGACCUGAACCACACACACACAGCUUCAACUUGCAAACAGUCUCCCCAGAAGUGACGCAGCUUCACAGUGCCACACCCGCCUCACAGACCGACGCGGAGGCUCGUUCUGAUUGGGGGGACUUGUCGACGGCCUGGUCAAUGAGGCUCUCCGCGUCAAAUCGAGAAGCAGGCGUAACAUCUGAGGGAUUUCGAGUACACCCACAUAUCCAGCUGGGCGACCAAUUCGGACAUCCCGUCUCUUCGCUACCGCCAGGAGCACACCCACUGCCGCCGCCGCCGCCGCGCCAGCUGCAACAACUUUAUCCCUGGGGCGUGAACUCGCCCUCACAACAGCCGAUAUUCACAUAUCCACCCCUGAACGGCUCAACGGUACAAGCCCUUCAUCCAGCGCUGUUGCAACAACACAUCGCAAGCACCCGGGUCGUCUACCUGGUGAUACCGCAGGAGCCGCCGGCGACCCAACUGCCGCAGACACCAUGUCAACAUGGAUGUGGCCCUGGGAUCAGCCAACCCACGGUGGUUCAAAGCAGCUUCGUACAACCCGCGACGCCUCCACACACGGGAGUGGAGAUCCCGCCUGCGCACAACAGUCCGGGUGGAGGUGGUUGCAACGGCAACGUGUUCGAGUGCCGCUGCGGCCCGUCCUGCUGGUGCGUCGGGUGCAUCACGCAUCCGUUUAACGAGGCGACGCAGGAGUACAUCCGGUCCGCGCAGGCGCAGCUGCUGCUGGAAGAAGCGGACGAGGCGGCCUUGGCUCGGUCGUGGGAGCAGCCGUUUACGAAUAAUACGCUGAGGGGUGGUGAGUCGGAGAUGGCGGCUCGGCUUCCUGUGCAGCUCAAUGCCUCUUUAAUGGCUGGUGAUGGCGAGCCGAACCUGCCGACGGACGGGUAUUUCUUUGUGACGUAUUGA